CAGCUCAUCUCAUUCAUGGCUGCUGCUCCCCCUCCUCCUCCUACUUCUCUUCACUCCUCUCCACUCUUCAUAUUAUCUACAACAUCAUCCAUCUCUCUCUUUUUUUGUUCCCAAAAUGCCUCCUCUACUUUUUCACACCCCCCAAACCCUUCUCUGAAUCCCAACUCUCACACUUGCAAACAUCAAAGGCAUGAAACAAAGGGUGUUUUUCAAGAAGAAGAAGAAGAAGCCAACCAUGUCUUGUUUAAAAUUCUCCAUAUUGGUCCUCUGUCUCCAUGUAUCUUGUUCCGGUGCCCUGGAUUAUCGUAAAGAUCCUGUCUUGACAAUUAGGCAAGAAGAUAGCAUGUUACCUAUGAUCUCCCCUACCGCGGCUCCUAAGCCGUUUCUUCCCCUUCUUGCUCCUUCACCAUUGGCGCCAUUCACAAACAUUACUGUUCCAAAAAUAUCAGGACAAUGUAUGCUGAACUUCACUGCUUCUGAGAGUUUGAUGAGUACGACCGCAAUUGAUUGUUGGUCUGUUUUUGCACCAUUGCUGGCAAACGUUAUUUGUUGCCCACAGUUGGAAGCUACUAUCACAAUCCUCAUCGGUCAGUCCAGUAAAUACACCAAUGUGCUUGCUUUAAAUGGGACGGCUGCAAAAUAUUGUCUAUCCGAUAUUAAGCAGAUUUUGGUUAGCCAGGGUGCAAAUGACACCCUUGCGCAAAUAUGCUCAGUUCGUUCAACAGAUCUCACUGAUGCAUCUUGCCCCAUCAUUGAUGUUACUGAAUUUGAGGAGACAGUGGAUACUUCCAAGUUGGUGGCCGCUUGUGAGAAGAUAGACCCUGUGAAAGAAUGCUGUGCUCAAACAUGUCAGAAUGCCAUAUUAGAAGCUGCUACAAGAAUUGCUUCAAAAACUUCUGAUCUUUUGAGCACAGACGGUGGUCAUGCUGUCUUACCUGAUCACAUAAGUAGAGUCAAUGACUGCAAAAAUAUUGUCCUUCGCUGGCUGGCAAGUAAACUCAAUCCUUCUCAUGCCAAGGAAGUUCUAAGGGGACUCUCAAAUUGCAAGAUUAACAAGGUUUGCCCCCUGGUCUUCCCAAAUAUGAAACAUGUUGCACUCGGCUGUGGGGAUGAGAUAAGCAACCAGACAGCUUGUUGUACGGCCAUGGACAGCUAUGUUUCCCACUUGCAAAAGCAGAGUUUCAUAACCAACUUGCAAGCUUUGGAUUGUGCUGCAUCACUGGGAAUGAAGUUAAGAAAAUCAAAUAUUACCAAAGAUGUGUACAGCCUAUGUCAUAUAAGCCUCAAGGAUUUCUCCCUUCAAGUUGGAAGUCAAGCAUCUGGAUGUCUUUUGCCAAGCUUGCCUUCGGAUGCAAUAUUUGAAAGUUCAGGGGUCAGCUUCCUUUGUGAUCUGAAUGAUAACAUUCCAGCUCCCUGGCCCACCUCUUCUCAAGGAGCAGCUUCAACAUGCAGUAAAGGUGUCAAGAUUCCUGCACUUCCUGCAGCAGCAUCAGCAGAAAGGGGCAAUUACAACGAUGUUGUGAUGCUUUCUCUGCUCGUUGCUUUUGCAAUGGCGCUUUUGAUGUUCAUGUAAAUGAGUUAUCCCUUGAGGAAAACUUGUUAUUCCUUGAAGGACGAUUCAUCAAUGGCUUCGGAGGAUGAUGCAAGUCACCCCAGUCUAGUUGAUAGAAGAUUGUCGUGAACUGGGGGAAGUUAAACUAGAUGUGAGGUCAUUUUAGUUCGUCCUGAUCAUAUUCAUUCUUGAUUCUUGCCUGUUUCUGUAAUAAAAUUUUUGUAAAAAAGUUUAGGAAGUUCAGGGAUAAGCUUGUUUUGUAACGAAUAUCAUCGAGAUUGCAUGUAAAUUUAGAUUGCAGCCAAAAUAUAUAAGUUUUCUGUUUUGCUCGGGGAU